CCAUUGCUCUCCAAUCUCCAUAAAUUCUCUACUACUACUCCUCCUCUUUCUCUCAUUUCUCUUUCACUCUAUUCUCAAGCUUCUUCAAUCCAUCAUCCAUGAUCUAGGGCACGACCAAAUGCAUCAAUCCUUCUGCUCCUAAACUCUCCAGGUUCGAUGUUCUCCAUCCCCAAUUUCCAACCCUAAAUUUCUCAACCUUUUCAUUUUCAUUCGCUUUUUUCAACUGGAUUCUUCUCAUCCAAUUCCUUAAUCCAAUCUUCAUAAAAAUCCCCCCAUUAUGUAACUCCAUUUCCAUCCUCAUCCUCAAUCCCCAAAAAAAAACCCAAAAAAAACUUCAUUUUUUUUUUCUUUCAAUAUAAUAUAGAGAGAGAGAGAGAGAGAGGAAAAAGAGAGAUCUUUGAUUUAGUCUGGCUUGGUUUAUAGAUCCAAAUCCUUAGAAAAACCUCCAUAAAAACCUUCAGAUCAUGUAAUACUUUCAUCAUCUCAUCAUCCAAUCCAACCCAACCAGAGAAGCACAUCAAGUGUUCGACGAAAUGCCUGAAUCGGAAACUGGGACACCGAUGGCUUCAGCGCCAGCGACACCGGGCACGCCGGGAGCGCCGUUGUUCACCGGACUGAGGAUUGACUCGUUGUCGUAUGAUCGGAAGUCAAUGCCGCGGUGCAACAAGUGCUUGCCUUUGGAUUCGUUGGCUUCGCCGCAUCAGUGCUUCAUUGAUUUCCCAAAGCCCAAUGUCUCCCUCACUAGAAAGAUCGGAGCGGAAUUCGUGGGAACCUUCAUCCUGAUAUUCGGAGCGACGGCGGCGCCGAUCGUGAACCAAAAGUACAACGGAGCCGAAACCCUAAUCGGCAACGCAGCAUGCGCGGGAUUAGCGGUGAUGAUCGUCAUCCUCUCAACGGGUCACAUCUCCGGCGCUCACCUGAAUCCAUCACUCACCAUCGCCUUCGCCGUGCUCCGCCAUUUCCCUUGGGUUCAGGUCCCCGCAUACAUCGCCGCCCAGGUCUCGGCUUCGAUCUGUGCGUCUUUUGCUCUGAAGGGGAUCUUCCACCCGUUUCUCUCCGGCGGUGUGACCGUGCCGUCGGUGAGCACCGCCCAGGCGUUCUUCAUUGAGUUUGUCAUCACUUUCAAUCUCCUCUUCGUCGUCACCGCCGUCGCCACCGACACCAGAGCUGUAGGAGAAUUGGCUGGAAUAGCUGUGGGAGCUACUGUCAUGCUUAACAUUCUUGUUGCCGGGCCAUCAAGUGGUGGAUCAAUGAACCCAGUGCGCACACUAGGACCAGCAGUAGCAGCAGGAAACUACAAACAAAUAUGGAUAUAUCUCGUAGCACCGACGGCAGGCGCCAUCACCGGAGCUGCCGUCUACACGGCCGUAAAGCUCAAAGGCGAUGCCGAUAACAACCCCGACACUCCUCCGACCCGCCGCAGCUUCCGCCGUUGAAAAUAAAUAAAACAAAAGGUACCAAACUUUAUAUACAUAAUUAUAUAUAGUGUUUGAUAAUAAGUGGCUAGUAAACUUUUGCUGGCUUGCCUUAACAAUUCUCUGUUUGUGGUGCUUGUAUGAUUGAUAUAAAGGCCAUGGAUAUGAAAUUAAUGGUCAAUGGUUGGGAAACUGAUACACUAUGAUUUGUUGUUGUUGUGAUUGUAUUGUUUGGAAGUUUGUUUGAUUGGGACCCUACCAAAGAGAUGCCAUUUGACUUUGCCUUAUUUGUGUGGAGGGGAAGGGUGGGAAUCUCUAUCUCAAGCUAGGGUUUUGGUGUGUGGUUGUAAAGGAAUUGAUGAUUAAUAGUUUGUGAUAAUAAAGUUUGGAUUGUUGUGUU